AUUUGUUCAUAUUUUCGCUCUUACAUGUUUCUGUUUCUGUAUCGCUCGUAUACAUUAAAUAAGAUGUCUCAAUGAUUCUCUGCCGACCCUGUAUGUUAUAAAUACUCUUUAAUGAUUGCCAGCAAACAUGGAAUUAUUCUUCAGUCCGGUCCACUAGAACACAUAUUGUAGAAUGCGAUUCUGACAUGCAAAAACUAGCCAAAGAAUCUAAAAUGGAUAAUUUUCUCUUUGGAAAAACAUUCAUGGAGAAAUGUAAAAUUAAUCAAACUAUAAAUAAAUCUGCAGUAGAGCUGCAGGUGAGUAAAGUUCCUGCAAGCAGCCAAAUCUUCAAUAGGAGCCAUUUAAACUGGCAGCGCCCCAAAACAUCUGUACGUUUUCGGAAAAGUCAGUUUUUACUAAACAAGAGAAGGGAGCCUCGAAUACAAGAGAGAAACAGAAAUCAAUGGAGAUCAUCGAGAGGGAACCUAGCCAGAUACAAUUACCGAAACCGACAAAUUCAGUAGAGGUGGCCCGCUUCGUUACCGAAUCGCAUUCUACAAUAUGUGUUCUAGUGGACCGGACCUCGAAUAAUUCCGAUUGAACUUCCUUACUAGGUAAGU